CUGAAUCUACAUUCUAUAACACACACACACACAAAAUGGAGAAGCCAAAGAGAGCUCAGAGACCCCAUUGUUUGGUAUUGCCACACCCAAUACAAGGCCACAUAAACCCAAUGCUCCAAUUCUCAAAGCGUUUGGAGCACAAGGGAGUCAAAGUCACACUAGCCAUCACCCAAUUCAUUUUCAACAAUACCAUGAAUGGCACCUCCUCCAGUUCCAUCUCCGUCGAGACAAUUUCUGAUGGCUACGACCAAGGCGGUCCUGAAGCUGCCAGCGGGGGCUACGAGGAGUACUUGCCGCGAUUUCGAGAGGUCGGCUCAAAGACUCUGGCAGGGCUGGUGGUGAAGUUUGGGAACAUGGGAUGCCCUGUGGACUGUAUUGUGUAUGAUGCGUUCUUGCCUUGGGGUCUUGACGUGGCUAGAGAGUUUGGAUUGGUUGGAGCAGUGUUUUUUACACAGUCUUGUGCUGUGGACAAUAUAUACUACCAUGUCUACAAUGGACAUUUGAAGCUUCCUCUUACUGAGAGGACUAAUAUUACGGUUCCUGGAUUGCCACCACUGGAAAUCUCAGACAUGCCAUCUUUUGUUUCUGUUCCUCAAGCGUACCCUCCGCUGCUGAAAUUGGUUGUGAAUCAAUUUGCAAAUGUGGGGGAAGCUGAUUGGGUCCUCUGCAACACCUUUCACAAAUUGGAGGAGGAGCUGGUGGAUUGGAUGGCAAAGAUUUGGCCUUUGAGAACAAUUGGACCAACCAUACCAUCAAUGUACUUAGAUAAGCGACUCCAAGACGACAAAGAGUAUGGAUUCAGCAUUUUCAAGCCAAAAACAGAUGCCUGCAUGAAGUGGCUCGACCAGCGGUCAAAUGGUUCAGUUGUGUACGUCUCCUUUGGGAGUUUGGCCCAGCUUGGAGUCGAUCAAAUGGAAGAAAUAGCAUGGGGUUUGAAAAACAGCAAUUACUACUUCUUAUGGGUUGUGAGAGCAACAGAACAACCCAAGCUUCCCAAAAAUUUCAUGGCCGAGACGGUACUUAAUGGCUUGGUGGUGACAUGGUGUCCCCAAUUGGAUGUUCUAGCACACAGGGCAAUAGGAUGCUUUGUGACACACAGUGGGUGGAACUCUACAUUGGAGGCACUGAGCUUGGGAGUUCCAAUGGUGGCAAUGCCACAAUCGACUGACCAAACCACCAAUGCCAAGUAUGUCAUGGAUGUUUGGGGGAUGGGAGUCCGGGCUCAAUGCGACGAGAGAGGGAUGGUGAGGAGAGAAGAGGUAGAGGGUUGUGUAAGGGAAGUCAUGGAGGGAGAGAGAGGGAAAGAAAUUAGGAGGAAAGAAAUGAAAUGGGGAGAAUUGGCAAUAGAGGCAGUUGAUGAAGGUGGCAGUUCAGAUAAGAACAUUGAUGAGUUUGUUGCUAAGCUGGUGAAGUCCUAAGCCUAUUUAUGUUGGAUAUUAUUUCCUACUCUUUUGAGUUGUUCUAUUGAUGUUAUUAGUUUGUCUCCUUAGUUUGGUUGAUUUUCUAAUUUGAUUAGGAGUACUUUCUUCUGAUAAAAUUUUUAAUUUGUAUAAUCUUUGUAUUCUAGUAAUGUAUUUUUCAAGAAAUGAACAUGUAUUCAGUUUUUUUUUGUCGUAAUGAAUAGCGAAAUAUACCUUUUGAAUUUA